AUGAGUCGAGUGGGAGUUAUUGGAGUUACAAUUAUGGCUAUUUUAUCGGGUUUUGGUGCUGUAAACAGUCCUUAUGCUACUAUGACGUUCUUCUUGAGACAAGUCACAUACGCAGAUAUAUGGGCGGCUGAGAAAAAAUAUCUCCAAACAAUGGAACAGAUAAUGAGCAAGAAGAAAAGAAUAUUGGUUUCACAAUUGAGACAAAAGGCUGGAAAUGAGCAGAACGGUUCACGGGUUGGAGGAUUUAUGCGAAAAAUGUUACAUACCGUAGUUAGCGGAAUAGGAAUCGGAGGAGAAAGCAUCAGCAUGCUAAGACAAGAAAUAGUCGGGUUGGAGAAUCUGAGUCGGCAGCUGUUUCUCGAUAUUGAUGAUUUGUAUCAAGAAAAGGAUCGCCUCGAGUACUCUAAAACAUGGAAGGGAAAAUAUUUUAAUUUUCUCGGAUAUAUAUUUUCCAUUUAUUGUAUCUACAAAAUUGUUAUGGCCACGAUAAACAUAAUCUUUAGUCGCAAAGUCGGAAAAGACCCUAUAAGCAACGGUUUAGCACUGGCGAUCAAUUACAUCAACAUUGAAUUAGACGUUAGUUUCUGGUCUCAGCAAUUGAGUUUCUUCUUUGUAGGUUUAUUGAUCAUUUUCAGUAUUCGGGGAUUAUUAAUUCAAUUAUUGAAGUUUUUCAGGGCCGUGUCCAACUCCGUAUCCAGAAGCAACAUUGUGUUGUUUCUUGCUCAGAUAAUGGGAAUGUAUUUUUUAAGUUCAGUGCUUAUGAUGCGUUUGAACCUUCCCGAUGAAUACAGAACCAUAAUAUCUGAUGUUUUAGGAUCAAUAGAAUUCAAUUUUUACCAUCAUUGGUUCGAUGUUAUCUUCCUAGUUAGUGGUAUAGUGAGCAUGGUAUUUUUGUAUUUCGUUCAUCAAGCAAACAAAAGUAACGCUAUGUUGUCGCGCGCUGUAACGUCUCAAGGAGAAUUGUCUCCACUCACUGGUGGGAGUAAUGCAUCUAACGGUCAAAGGACUGGCUAUGAUGACCAUUAUACUACUUCGAGACGAAACGGUGUCAAUGGUGUAUUUCCGAGGGUAGGAAGAGCACUUUAUUAA